CAAUCUUCAUGAUUCUUUCUUAUAUGAUUUCUUUAAUUUAGCAAUAACUCCAAAGUCCAAACUAUACUACAGUAUUUAUCAAGGAGUCGGCUUUCUUUUUUGUGAAAUUUCAUCAAAGAAAAAAGAGUGGACUUUAAUUAAGGCUGUGUUGGGAGGUCAUUCUGAUCGAUAAUAGAAUUGGACAUUGGACAUCAGAACAAAGCGCACCGUUUAGUACGUUGAAGCGUCGUUGCUUUAAUCUUCGUCGUUGCUUUAAUCUUUGCCUUCUUCGAGGAACAACCCUGCAAGCGGCAGGUCAGUCUGUGUAUCAUGUUUCUCUAAACGGUGCCGUCAUGCUCUCCUUGUUCGUUGAGACUCUCAUGCAGAAUCUAAUCAAUUUCGAUCACGGGAUUCCAUCUGAUCUGCCAUAAUGUCAACCGCUGACUCCCGCGUUCUCUCUCCGCCCCAAUUCCCCAGUUUCCCUAAACCAGUGCUUAUAUGGCUUCGAUGAACCCUCUGACUCUCCAUGCUAAGUUUCUCUCUAUUAGUCAUAGAGAAAUAUUGAUGCGCGGGUAUUUUGGAAUAUGUGAAGAGACCGCAAAAGGGAAAUCAAUCUGGAAAAUGAAGAAAAAAAACCAGUGUUGCAGUAAGAUUUUCUGGUGUUGCAGGUUAUGCUCCGCAGGAUUGCUUAUUCUGGUUGGUAUGAUCUUGGAUGAUUCACCAUUCCUGGCUCAUUCAUUGGUGGGUUUAGAAAAGAGUUCUUGACACAGAGGACAAGACUUUUAUAGCUUCACGACAGAUUGCGGCUGAAGGUCUUUCUGGGAUGGCAAUUCUCCAUCAUUGUCUUGCUGGUUCUGGUUUAGUUUUAAAGGGAAGUGGCAAUUUGAUGUCAAUGUGGCUGCCGCAUGUUCCACUGGCUAACUGGCUCUAACAAGUCAACCUUAACUUUUUGCCCAGCCUUCCUAUUUCUACUGUCACUGUCUCAAGUAUUGAGCAAACCAUUGUGGCAAUAUGCCUUGUGGAAUGGCCUUUAUAUUGUGGUUGUUUAAAUUUGUGCCUCAAUCUUGAAGGAGAUAUUUUUUUGGAGGGUUCUUACUCCUUUGAUAAGUGUGUGCCCUUGUGGUGUUCAAUUUUGGUGAGCUUACUCGCUUUUGCCUUGGCCCAUUGUAAUAUGCAGAGGAUGCUACUACCUAUCGGUUGUGUUUCUUGGGGUUGUGAUUGGUGUUGUCUUUGUACAACCAAGGAAUCUGUUGGUAUCAAUGCUUUUGUGUUCAUACUUCAUAGAUAUUAUGAAAUGCUAUAUAAUAUUUUGCUCUGUUCUUUAUUGUUCUAAAUUAGGUAUUAGUUCCCAUUGUAUUUCCAACUAUAUUCAAUAGUUGUGUUUUUCUUUAGUGUGUUAGCUCUAUUUAUAAUGAUAGAUAUUUUCUUGUGUGGUUUGGCUGUAGAAAACUGCAAUAGUGUAGUAUUACUAUAUACUUAAUAUCCUUGCUGAUAUGAGCAUUUCUGGUUUUCUUUUGUCAUCUUAAACAUAAUACCUCCUCAGAAUAUAGAGGAUGUUCCAUGUUAGGGUCUUGUUAAAGUUAAUUUCCUGUUUUAGCCCUUUAUUGAUUUGAUUGCACCAUCUGUGUAAGCUGCUAUGAUCCUUUGAAGCAGUUGACAGAUAAUAUGCAGAGAGUAAAGUCUACUGGGAACCAUGUUAAAGCUCCUUUUUUGGAGGUCUGUUAUAGAACAAAUAGUUAGAUUCACUUUGCUUUUCUGCAUCUAAAUUUUCUAUGUCUUCAUGCCUGCCUAUUCAGUGUUAAAGGUGAAUAAUUCAGGAGGCAGGUCCAAGCACUUGGAUCAAUCUUUUAAUAGUCGAAGUUUCCUGCACUUUGUUCGCCAUGCAUACAAAGUUGUUUUAUGGUGUCUAUUCACUACUUUUUUACACAGACUGCUCUGGUUAUCAAGGUUUUCUUACCAAUAACAGAGAGUACUAUUAUAGUUUUUCUUUUUUUUUUUUUUAAUUUUUAUAUGUUAGGUUGUUAGACGUGUAAAAUGAAUUGAAUAAAUGAUUUUUCCUGAAGGCUAUAAUGAUAUUUUGUGCUAUCAAAAGCAUUCCUUUUUCAGAACUUAACUGCUUUAUGAAUGCUUAGAUUCUCUAUCCAUUGCUUGUUGUCUUGAAGGAGGAUAUAACGUAGGGACCAGUUGGUUUCAAGUCACUUUCUAUUUUUUGGCAUUUGGCCUAGAAACCUAGGUCAAUGUCCAUUUCAUUCUCCGGCAAUUCUAGGGACCCUUGUCUGCUAUUUUUGUUUCUGUAGAUUGUUGAUAAAUAAUAAUUGCUUCUAUUUUUAAUGAAAAGGACAUCACCUUCUCUAGCUUUCAAGUUUUGAGGAGAUUCAAACUCACCACCACUAGACUAUUAGUGGAUUCAAAAGCCUGAAAUUUCCUUACCGAUAGAACUUUAGUGAUAUUUGCUUUUGCCCUUCUCCUUGAGAUUUCAAAUAUAUCUCCUUAACUUAUUCAAUGACCCAAUUGCAGUAACAUGUGGCAAUGGGCAUCAUUUUAUUUUACCUAUUUUCAUACCCAGCAAUAUCAUUUAUGUUCAUUGUCUUCUUGUAUAAUUAAUUGUUAUAUUGUCUCAGUCAAAAUUUUGUAAACCUGGCUGAGCAUUGUUUUGGUGUUUUGACUUACUUUUCUUAAUCCACAAUCUCUUGCAUCUUUUUCAAUGCCCCUUGUAGUGUAAGUUUUUUCAAUGCUGUGAAUAUAAAAUUGUCUGCAGAUAAUGUACAUUUGAUAGGGGUUUAACAAAUUAGCUGAAGUUUAAGGUUUGCCAUGGUUAUGCAAUUAUAAUGUGAGUAGGCGGGCCUGCACAUUAUAGUUUCAUGAUGAACUUCACUAUAAUCUUUAAAGUUCUGUCUUUGCUUCUUUUUAAUGCUAAUUUGAUGUAACCCUUUUGAGACAUGUUGGAAUAUGGUGUAUGGAGAUAAACUGUUCCCAACAUGUUAAAUUAAGAAAAAUGCACAGCAGCUUCCUACAUACAUAUUGUCACUAUUCAUAGUUUCUUUAUUUAAUGUACCACUGGCAUUUAUUAUGGCAUAAAAAAGUUCCUUUAAGUUGAGCCUUGAGUCAUAGCAGUUAGGAUGUAAGCAUCAGAAUGGUGAAGUUAUCCUUUCAAACUGGCGCUACCUAUCCUUACAAUUAAAGUGUUAAGAAGUUAAAUAUUAUGAUCAGAUGAUGAAACAAAAGCAAGCUAAGUGAAAUCAACAAUUUUGACUAGGACAUGAGAAUAAGUUGUUAGGUUUGUUUAAGGAGGAACUUUAUAAACUAUGAAGACAUUAGUUACUCUUUUAUUGUAGUUUAACUACCACCUUGAAUAAAUUAUGCUUGUGCAUGAACCUGCUCCUCAUAAACCCCGAUUGCUUUUUCAUUGUUGUUGUUUCACCUUUUAUAGCAUAUAAAUUUACUAGAAAUGAUAGAAAGUGUAGUUUAUUAUGUGCUUGCUUUAGUUUCUGAAAUGCUGCUUGAGAUAAAGAUGAAGUAUGUACAUGAACCUAAUAUCUUUAAAUUUCUAAUAUCUUCUGAAUAUGGAUUAAACAAAUUUGCAGUUAAAGGUCAUCUAUUUUUUCUAAGUUAAAGGAAGAGUGGGGUAAAGGGUUGAUGCAACCAUACACAAUGAGUGCUAGUGGGGGGGCUCACAAUUCUGUUUCUUUUCCCCUUUUCCCUUUUCAAUUAUUAAAAUUCAUUGUCUCUUGCCAAGCUGCCAUAUAUAUGUAACUGCUAGGGGGAGGAUAUUAAGGUAUAUAAAUAUAUUUGAGAUUUGUUACAUGAAAAGCGGGCCUUUGCUAUUGCCUGCAUUGUAGUCCCUUUCCCUUAACAGUACAAAUUCAAUCUUCUUUGUUUUCCAGCAUCCCUUGAUAGAGUGGAAGCCAUGGAAACUUCCCAGCCCCUCUCCAUUGAAAGCUUUUCAUACAGUUGGUUAAUAAACCUAAAACCUUCUUUAGAUAGUCUAGACAGCUCCCUCAGAGCCUCACUUGAUGCAAGUGAUGAAGCUUCCUUCAUUGAGAUGGACCCAAGAAUGCCACCCUCUAGGAGAUUCUUCAGAAAUUCUCAAGAUUUUAAGUUUGACUUUCCUAUUUCACAAACUCCUCUCACCCUCGUUCAUGCAGAUGAGCUCUUUUCCGAUGGGUAUGUCAUGCCUUUCUUUGUUAACCCAUUGAAGAUGGAGGUAUUGGAAGUUUCUGGUUCAACUUCAACCCUUCCUGCCUCUUCACAUGCACCAAACCUUGUGGUUCCAGCUAGUAAAACAAAUCGUCCUUUGAGAAGGGGUCGAAGAUUGUCCAAGCGGAUAUUUUUGAAAUACUUGGAUUUUCUUAGGCCAUUAUACAGAAGAAUACGAGGACGCAAGUCAAGUAGUAGAGCUGAAAGUGUUGAUGCAAGGGUUCAGGUAAGGAAGAACUGGGUAUAUUCAGCAGAAACAUCUCCUCGAAUUAGUGUUGCAUACUCUGCUGAUGAGUGGAGAAAGUCGUGUGAUUCUGAAAGCUCAAUCUAUGAGGCAGUUCUGCAUUGCAAAAAAUCAAUCGGAAAAUGAAUGGAGGAGGAUCCAUUUCAAAUCCACAAGGGAGAGAGGAAAAUAGGAGUUAUCGAGAACACUUGUUUUUUGUCCGCUUUCUUCUCCUCUUUUGCGAUGACAAUGUACAUUUGUCCUGUUAAGGAAGUUAAAGCUAUGUAAAUGGUUGGCCAUGAAAUUCUGGCCCGGGGGGGGAGGGAAGAACUAUGCCUAUUUUGAAAAUUUGUUUUUGUCUUUUUCUUCAAAAGAGUAGGGCUAACAACUUAAAGGAAUCCUCUCCUUUAUUUCUGUAAAGUUUUAAUUUAAUGAAAUAAGGAUUAUCUAAUUGAGGGUACAUAUCCGUUUAGUUGAAAACAUUAAUGAAUUCUUGUAUGAAUAAAGAUACAAGCAUU